CGCUGUGCAUUGUACUUGGUUGCAAGGGACUGAAGGGAAGGUGACUGCUGUGAAUAAAGGAAGUGUUGGUGGUGUUGUGUGGUUCUUCUGAGAGUUCUAUCAUCAUCAGUGAAGGUGUUGGAGACUGCACAGCUGUGUAUCGUUGAGGUGAAUAAGGUUGGUGUAAGGAUCUCAGGUGUACUGAGAGUUAGUCUUUGGUGGAUCUUGGGUUAAAUAGAUUCUGGCCAGUGAGGUGGAGGUUGAUUCGAUUACAAAGAGAAAAUUUUCUCUUUGUUCUCAGUUCUCAUUUUUUUUACUGUUGUUGCGCAACUGUGAUUUACCGUACGGUCUGAACUGGAACAAAGAGUAAGUUCGGUUCAUUGUUGCUAUUUGAGUCGGUGAUUCGAUUGUUUGGAAUCGUUGUUUGGAAGUUGGACUCGAUUUUUUGCAUUUUUUACGCUUGUGCUUGGAAGCUCAGUUUGGAAGGUCACUGUAUGGGAAAAGAACAAGAGUGUGAAUGUGGAUGGCGAGUUGACGGAGGAAUGGAAAAGGCAGGUCGUUUUGCUUUUCCUGAAUGCCAAAUUUUGUUGGAGGAAGAGCGGGCAGAUUCGAGAUUAUGUGGAGCAGUUGCAAAAUUUGUCCAAGACGGUGUCGGAUCAGUAUGGUAGUCCUGUUGAUGACGGUGAUUCCGGCAACCCAGUGAGUGCUUCUCAGAGUGGCAAGAAGAAAAAGAAGGGGGUAAGCCGAAGGGAUUCUGAUGGCAAGGAGAUGGAUGCCGCGAUGAUUAACGCGUUAUAUGAAGACGUUGAAUAUUUUCUCCUGGAGCUUGGCCAAUACUUUCGAUCCUAUCUGAAGCCAUUAUUUCCUGUUCCAUGGGCUAUGUCAGGAGGAUUCAAGUCCAAGUCCUGUCCUUCCUGUACCACUUGUGAGUCUGGAUGAUUUUCUGGGAUCCAAGUAUUACAUUGUUGCACGGGGGUCGAAGAACACGGUCAAAUCCUAUGUGGCUUCGGAGGAUGGCAAGAUCAGGAUUCCUCUGAUUCAGCGGGACAAGUUGUAUUUGUUGACAACCAGAGGUCCGAUGCAUGAUUCUGUGGCAGGUGAUGUGCCAAUCUUUUGUGUUUCAGCGGAGGCUGGAACAGUUUGUUUGACUAAAGCACAUGUCACUCCUGGACCUUCUUUCGAUGGGCAGUCAACACAGAGUCUAUCUGAUGCGGUUCUGUGGCACAUGAAAACGGGGCACCCUGAUUGUCGAGUACAGAAGUUGCUU